AUGCAAUGGAAAUUGUUGAUAGGGUUGAGUGGUUGGGGUUUCUGUGGUGCAACUGCAACCGUCCUACAAUCGGUUUUCUCAACACAGCCUGUGUUCGCGUCGUGCACCAAUUCUCAGCUGUUAUUGAGCUGCACUGAACAGGCAUUGAGUUCCAAUGACAGCUGUUGUGUCGAGAACAAAUCCGGAUUAAUUCUGUUGGCUCAAUUUUGGGAUAUCCAUGCCGGUUAUCCUGAUCAAUGGACUAUUCACGGUCUGUGGACAGACUAUUGCACCAAUAGUACAUGGCCCGAGUUCUGUGACGAUUCUCGUGCACACUCCAAUAUUACGGCAAUAUUGCAGUCAAGAGGGAAAUACGAGCUGUUGCAGACAAUGAACAAUGUCUGGCCAAACAGUGAAGGCCUGGUGGACUCGCUCUGGUUUCAUGAGUGGAAUAAACACGGAACCUGCAUGACCACACUAGAGCCAGGAUGUACCAGUAGUGACAAACUAGAGCUUGAUUCCUAUCAAGGCAUUAUUGAUUAUUUUAGUUCGGCUGUCGAUCUAUACAGCCGGUUUCCGGUGUUUCAAGCCCUGGCCCGGCGUAAUAUUCUUCCCGGAAGAAUCUAUCAGACUACAUUGGUUGCAAGUGCAAUUGAAGAAGAAUUGGGAAUCUUACCCAAUCUUCAAUGUGACACUAACGGCACCCUCUCUGAGUUGUGGCUCUACUUUUAUGUAAAGGGUCCCAUCAAAUACCUAGAGUUUUAUCCUACUCAGCCAGACAGUACAAGCUCAUGUAAUGUUAGUUUGUACUAUCCAAAGAAGUAUCCCUCAAACCCAUAUCCUGUUACAAAUGUGAUUCCCUGA